UUUUUUUUUCAUACAUUUAUAUUUUUAUAUAAAUAUAAAUAAAUAUAUGCAUACACAUCUAUAUAUAAAUAUUUUCCUUUUUUUUCAUUUUUGACAUUAUAAGCUAAACAAAAUAAAAUGCCUCCUUCUUUGAAUCAUGAUAUAAAAAAAGAAAAAUUGAAAGAUGCUUUUCUAGGCCUUCAUUGGGCUGCUAUGACUGGAAAUGUUGGUCUCAUUAAAUUCGCAUUAGAUCACGGUGUACCAAUUGAAUCCACAGUGAAUGGUUUUGUACCAUUACAACUUGCUUGUGUUAGUGAUAAUAAUAUUGCUGCUGUACAAUAUCUUAUAGAUAGAGGAGCUGAUGUGAAUGUUCAAAAAUGGUCAAAGAAGCAUAGUAUUGAUAAAAGUCAGGCAGUACAAGGCGCUACAGGUUGUACAGCACUUCAUGUGGCUUGUACUAAUGGUUGUAUUAAAAUAGUUGAUUUACUUAUUCGAAAUAAUGCACGUAUCGAUAUUAAAGACAAAUAUGGAUCUUCGCCGAUGGAUAUUGCACAAGCUAAACAUGAAAUCGAAAUGUAUAAAUUACUUAAAGCUGCAAGACAGAAACAAUUACAAGAAAAUUAUCAGAAACCGCAUGAGCAAGUUUCAAAUAGCAGUAAAGGAUUAAAAUCAAAGGAGGCGAUGACGCACAAACGAACUUUGUCCGAAAAACAACAACCCCGAAUUAGAAGACCAAGCUUACCUUCUAUUUUUGAAGCUCAUUUCCCUCAUACUGUCCCCUCUUUUAUGAACUUAACACCUGCAACAGCAGCAACAACAACUACAACAACGACAGACAUGCUAUCUCCGACUAGUAGACGGAGUUUUUCUAUGACGCACAGACCAGAAGAGAUUACAACAUAUACUCAUUCUUGUCCUGUUACACCAAGAACUUCAUUGGAACAUUUUAAUAAGCGGCGUGGACGUGGUGAGAUAUCACCUCGUUCCUCAGAGGAGUCGUCCCCUUAUAUCUAUUCAACUUCUCCUUCCCAAAAUAUUCAUUUUUCAUUUACUCAAUUAGCGGAAAAUUUGCAACAACAAACGAUUCGAACAACAGCAGAUGGUCAACCUGAUUGGUAUAGUGUUGGUGUUAUUAAAUCUUAUGAGGAUGAUAAUUACCUGUUAUCUCUAGAGAGACGUGCAUAUAAUCUAGAAUGUAGUGAGCAUGGUGAACUGGAACGACGCUCCUAUGAAUUACCAUCAAGACGAUCGUAUGAGCAAUCACAGCGAUAUUCAGGUGAUGAUUCAACAAAUAGUAGUCUAUUUCGUAGUGAUUCAGGAGAUUUAUCAACGGGUGGAAGUGCUCAUCAGUUACGUACAACAGCACUUAAAAAUGCAAUGGCAGCGCAUAACAGUACUAACUCACUCUUAGCCAAUGAAUCAGAAUCGCCUCCAUUAGAAAAUGAAGAAGAAGGAUAUGAUGGGGAUGACGGAGGAGAGGAGGAGGAUGACGAUGAUGAUGAUGAUGAGCUUAAUGAGCCUAUGCCACGCCCUUCUGUUAUCGUCGAUAGUGGACCGGAAGCUGAUCUUGUUCGAUACCGAUUUCUUCAUGACGAACAACACCACCGCCCACAACAACAGCCACAUUCUGCUAUUGAACUGAAAAAGGGUUGGCUUAAUGGACUCAGUAGUAAUAGACGACAUUCAACUGAAAGUACAGGACGAAAGAGUCUUGAUUUUCGACCGAGCCUAGAUAGUAUUACUCAUUUUGCCAAGCGUAAUGUACCAAGCUUAUUGAAUCAUACAGAUGAUGAUUCAUCAAAUGAAGAAGAAAAACAUCAAUUAGGUGGAUUCUUUUCUAAAUGGACAACUUGGUAUAAAAAAGGUUAAAAUAGGGUAUUUGAACAUAUAUAGAUAUAUCUUCUUUUUUUUUUGCGUGUGUUUGUAUGUAAAUAAUUCUUGUAAAAUAUAUAGUAUAUACAUAUAUAUAUAUAUUUUUUGUAAAUAAUGUUAUAUAAAUAAAUCAUGGUACAAGUCUUUUUUUUUUAGUA